GGCACAAGAUCAGACAGCGAGAGGCGCCUGCCGAGUCAACUUGGAACGCGGGCUGAAAGAGUGAUAGGCAGCAAAUAGCGAGGGUUCUCUAGUUUUUACUAUUUUUUUAUUAUUAUUUUUCAUUGCCAACAUAUCUUUAAGACAUUUAGUUUAUUAGAGGACCUUUCUGUAGCCGGAUAGAAAUGGAAACAAUAAGAUUUGUCAUCUUAGCUGUAGUUCUUUUUGCACAAGUUUAUUGUGACGAAGAAGCUUCUCCGGACCAAGAAGGGCAGUAUUGGUCGGCUGAAACCUGGCAGGAUGAAGUGCCAGACAACAACAUCGCACAGCAGUUUGCAGAACUUAUCAAAAGAUCGAAGUCUCAUCAGUUCUACGGACUCAUGGGGCGGCGGUCAGGUACCUCAGGUUCUCCACAAACCGUACCCUUGGGGCGCAAAAGACAUAAAGGGGAGAUGUUUGUAGGUCUGAUGGGCAGAAGGUCAUCAAGUGGAGAAAUGUCAGAAGAAUGGGACAGAACUCAACCCUACGGCAGACGACGUAAAUAAAAACGACCGCAACAGACCCUGACCCCCCGAGUCCUCACCCAACCUGUUUUCCCUUCUUUUAAUUUCCUCCUGUUAGCCAGUGGGACACUCAUGUAAAAAGCACUUAAAAUCAACGAGUCUGAGAGGACAUGGCGCUGUAAAGUGGUGGAGACGGCGAGGCGGAGGCGGACACGGGACGAGCGGCCUUCAUGUUGGCGUUUAAUGCAAGAGUUCAAACACCAAACUGGAAUAAACUGGAAUCACUGGUUACACGA